GCCGCCAGAGCCGCCGAGGUGUCCUGAGGGAGCGGAGCUGCGCCGGGAUGGGAGUAUGCUUGCAUUAAAUUGGUGCUGGCUCUGCUCAUUACAAGUUGUGUGAUCUUAGAAACCAUGGCGAGCCCAGGGAAGGACAAUUACCGGAUGAAGAGCUAUAAGAACAAAGCGCUGAACCCAGAAGAAAUGAGAAGGCGGCGAGAGGAAGAAGGAAUCCAGCUCCGUAAGCAGAAACGAGAGCAACAGCUUUUUAAACGAAGAAAUGUAGAACUAAUCAGUGAAGACGCCGCCAUGUUUGACACACUACUCAUGGAUUCCUAUGUUAGUUCCACCACUGGGGAUAGAGUGAUCACAAGAGAGAUGGUGGAGAUGCUCUUUUCUGAAGACUCUGACCUGCAGUUAGCAACCACACAGAAAUUCCGCAAGCUGCUCUCAAAGGAGCCAAAUCCUCCCAUAGACGAGGUGAUUAACACCCCUGGAGUAGUGGACAGGUUUGUGGAAUUUCUGAAGAGGAGCGAGAGCUGCACACUACAGUUUGAAGCUGCCUGGGCCCUGACCAACAUUGCCUCAGGAACCUCGCAACAGACCAAAAUUGUCAUCGAAGCUGGAGCUGUCCCUAUCUUCAUAGAAUUGCUUAACUCUGACUUUGAGGAUGUACAAGAACAGGCAGUCUGGGCCCUGGGAAACAUAGCUGGUGACAGCUCUGUGUGCAGAGACUAUGUCCUGAACUGUGCCAUCCUCCCACCGUUGUUGAUACUCCUCACCAAAUCCACACGUGUGACGAUGACUCGGAAUGCUGUCUGGGCCCUGUCAAACCUGUGCCGAGGAAAGAACCCGCCCCCCGAGUUUGAGAAGGUGUCUCCCUGUUUGCCUGUGCUGUCCCGCCUGCUGUUCAGCAGUGACUCAGACUUGCUGGCAGAUGCAUGCUGGGCCCUCUCCUAUCUGUCCGACGGUCCCAAUGAGAAGAUUCAAGCUGUCAUAGACUCUGGGGUCUGUCGGAGACUGGUGGAGCUCUUAAUGCACAAUGAUUACAAAGUGGCCUCCCCCGCCCUUCGAGCAGUGGGCAACAUUGUCACUGGUGAUGACAUCCAGACCCAGGUGAUUCUCAACUGCGCAGCCCUACCUUGUCUGCUUCACUUACUGAGUAGCCCCAAGGAGUCAAUACGGAAAGAAGCUUGCUGGACAAUUUCAAACAUCACAGCUGGAAACAGGGCCCAGAUACAGGCUGUCAUAGAUGCAAAUAUUUUUCCUGUAUUGAUCGAGAUCCUGCAGAAAGCUGAGUUCCGCACAAGGAAAGAGGCUGCCUGGGCCAUCACUAAUGCCACAUCAGGGGGAACUCCUGAGCAGAUCAGGUACCUGGUUACAUUGGGUUGCAUCAAACCCCUGUGUGACUUGCUGACUGUGAUGGACUCUAAGAUCGUACAGGUCGCUCUCAAUGGCCUGGAAAACAUCCUACGGUUGGGUGAGCAAGAGGCUAAGCGGACAGGCACAGGGGUCAACCCCUACUGUGGCCUCAUUGAAGAAGCUUAUGGCUUGGACAAGAUUGAGUUUCUCCAGAGCCAUGAAAACCAAGAGAUCUACCAGAAGGCCUUUGACCUCAUUGAGCACUACUUUGGCGUGGAAGAUGAAGACACAGGCCUGACUCCUCGGGUGGAUGAGACGCAGCAGCAGUUCAUCUUUCAGCAGCCUGAGGCCCCCAUGGAGGGCUUCCAGCUAUAAUGCCUGCCCAAGGGAGGGGAGGGGAGGGAGAAGAGAGGAAAGCACCACAGACUGGCCCAUACAGUCCUUGACAGUGGUGGUGGCAGCAGUGGUGGUGGCAGCAUUGGCAGUGGUGGCGGCAGCAGGGAAGAACAGCCAGGCUUUCUGCCCCAGCCCUGGAGACUGCCCUUGCUGCCCACUCCCUCCCUCCUUUCCCAGGAGGCCCCUCUGAAGACAGGCCAAGGCCAAGGCUUUGCUUUCGUGGAGAGAAGGGGGCUUGUUUUUCCUCCUUACCCACUAUAUUUUUGCUGCAUACCUGUCUAACCCAGGAGCCCAGGGUGGAAAAAGGAGGACUGAGGUAACCAAUUUGCACCUUUUUUUUUCUUUUGUGGUGAUUUUUCUCUUCGUCCUUCCCUUCGUCCCUCCCUGGCCCCUGCCCCAGACUGUGUCAGUCUUACUUUGGGUACUUGAGCAGAUGGAAUAUUCCAGUGGCGGGGGGAGAGGGAGAGAAUCCAAAAAAAAAAUAAGUGUUCAUGCUCUGAUGGAAUAUUAAUCCUGGAUGCUUGGAUUGAGUCAUUGAAGCUUUUUCUUUUUCCUUUUGCACAUUUUACUUGUAUUAUAAUUCCUCCUGGUAUUUCUGGGACAUCCUUGGGUCUCUAAGAGUAGGGUACCUGGCCCUCAUCAGUGGCUGGUACACUAUGGCUGUGAUGUUACCAUUCUGGUUGCCUUCCCUUCUGCCUUUCUGCCUUCUCAGGGCUGGGGGGCCUUUGGGAGAACCAGUCCCACCUUCCCUGGUUUGGGAGAUGGGCCGUCUUGUGGUUACAAGGUUGGCCUUAGGAAAGGGGAUGGUAAAGGCCCUCAGGUGAAACGACCCAGAUAUAGCUACUGAUCCUGCUUUUCCAAAACUCCCUCCACCCAGCUGUCAAAAUGGUGCAACCCCUAACUUCAUUGUUUACUUGAAAUUUGCCCUCAGUGGUGGGACUUGCCCUGAGGUGGUGACAUUUUCUCCUGAUCCAUGGCGGGUGAUGGUCUCUUUCCUUUAUUGGAGGAAAGGAACAACAAGGUUCAGCCUGGUUUCCCACAGAGGUGGCGACACAUAUCAGGAUUGCUGGAGACUUGUGUCUAGCCGUUCUUGCUCCUCCUCCACAGCUGGAUCAUGUUAAUUUUACUUAAAAAGGAGAGAAUGUCAAAGCUCUGUAUUUUUUAUAUUCUAUAUAUUAGGUAGGUGAGUCUUAAUUGGUUUUGGGAGGAACAGAUCUAUGAGCUGUCUUAAUUUCUAUAAAUAGGAUGCUGUGAGGCAGACAGAGCCUGGUGAUGAUAUCUCCCUCACACUUAAUAGGUUCCAGUCCUUCUCCCUUCUUGCCUGAGCUCUCGUGGCCCAAAGCCAGAUCAGGCAUGAGUUGACCCAGGAUUUUCACCUAGCCAAGCACAAGAUGGCCAUGGGGUUGUAAAGAAAAGAUCUUAGAAGGGGAGGGGGUACCUAAGGGAAGAACAUGCUUCUUAGUCCUGCUGCACUCUUUGUAACCCUGAGGUCAGAGAAAGAGCAGGAGGUCUGGACCAAGCCCAGCUACCAUUAGCAUCUGAUGACUCAAGUAACCUCCCCCCAUCCCCACCCUUCAUACAGUGACCAUAAAUCCCCACUCUCCUUCUAGACUAGAAGCCUUCUUCUUACAGUAAUGAAAGAUGAGAUUUUUCCUCUUUCAGUUCCCUUCUUCAGGCUUUUUGUGCACUUAGCAGCUAGAAUUUACCCCAAGGAACAGUUGCCUCUUUACUCCUCAAAGCACUGUCUGUGUUUCUUUGCCUAAAGCUGCAAAGAGGAGAUAUUUGCUGCUGACCAAGUGACUCUGAAAUAGUGAAGGCAGGGAACCAGGACCCAAGGGAAGGGCUUAAGCUCUGGCCUCUGUAAGGCUACGUCAGUGGGGGCAGAUGGCAGGUGAAGCUUUAUACUCAGACUUCAACGAGCAGCUCAAUCUGUCUUCCAUGUAGUUGGACAGAAUUAGGUGCUCUCCCGAAUGUACGCCUCCUCCCACUUGGAAAAAGAAAAAAGGAUGCUUUUGCACAGAUUGGCCAUUUUUGUUGAUUUUGAACCUAAGACCACAAGCAGAGUUCUCUACAUUGCCCCCUCUACCCCCAGGCCCUUUUAGGCAACGAGGCACCUGCUAUCUUGACCCAGGCAGGCCAAGGAGAAUCCAUGUGUCCUCCCUCUCAUAUCUUAAAGGGAGUUGUUUCAUUGGCCAAGAGUUUCUUAUUUGCCCUUUUCUUCCCUCUCUACCCCAAGAUACAUCGCUCUGACACUAUCCUAGCAGUUGUUACAUUGGUAGCUAUAGUAAGAGGCACAUAUCAGAGAUUUCCCUACCCUUUUAUAAACCGAUGAACACUGAGCUCUUAUGGAAUCCUGGGGGUGACUGCCCAGUUCCUCAGAAGGUAGGAGGACUGGAACUCUCUGUUUCAACAAGCCCCGUGUCAUUCACAAGAUUAUCUUUCCUCAAAUCAGGAGAAAAACUUUUUUUAUUGGUAUUUUUGAUCUGAAGAGUGACAGUAUUUCAGAAAAAUCCAUGUCGAGCAGCAUUUCAGCCUCUGAAACUCCUUGUGAUUAAAAUAUCCUUCAUCUUGGCACCCCAAAACCCAUCUGACUAUGAGCCCAGUAGUUCAGACAGCAGAAGAUUUGCAUGGCCCUCGGGCCAUUGCUCAAAGCUAGGGAAAUACUGACUGCAGAUUGGCUUUGUCAGGCUUUUCUUUGGUCUUUAGCCAUUCUCCUGCUCCUCUAUCUUAGGGAGAUAGUGACUCCAUCUUCAUUCCUUGCGUGUAUGCUCCCAAACCAGAGAGGGCUGAUUCCUUUGGUUUGUCUCAUGCCUCACUUGGCUGACUCCUCCUUCUCUGAUAGUUCUCAGCCCUUCUUCAUUUUUAUUUCUUACAAGGUUCCUGUACAUCCCAAAGUAGUCUUGCCUGAUAGCACCUCUCUCUCUGCCCCUAGCCUAUCACUGGUUUCUUGGCAGCUUUAGCUAUUAAUGCCCAGGUCUCCAAGCUUAAGUCUGUAGGCUCUGAAUGAGUCUGAGCUUGGGGGACUGGAAUGGUGACGACAUGGAAGGUAAGGAAGUGGUCUGAGGAGGAGUGUAGAUCUGCAGACCUGUUAUUGAAGGGAAUCAAAGCAGCUGCCUUCGCAGUCAGCCUCUGAAGCAUUUUUCAGGACUUAAAUUUGGGUUUGGCAGGGAGAUGACCCAUAAUCAAAGACUUAGGAUCUAAGUUUUUUUGUUAGUACUCCGAGAAAAUAUACACAAGGACCUGAGAGGAGUAGGAUGAUAUUUCUUAACUGAAUGAGCCACUGAAUCAUCAGCCAUCUCAUCUUUCUGGUCCAUUUAGCCCAAAAGGUCCAGUUCUAACCCCUUGAUCAUCAUGUCCGGACUCCUGAGGUCUGGCCCUCCUCCCCAAAUUACUUCACACCUUUCUUUAGAUGCAAGUAGUGUUUUGUGGAUUUUUGGUAGCUCUAUCCCACCUUCUUUCAGGACUUGCACUGAUUUUUCCCUUUGCAAGCAGGAACGUGUGCCAAGGCUUCUCUCAACUCCCCAGGGACCUUAGGAAUCCCCCUCCCCCAGCAGCCUUUUGAACUCUAAUCUAUACUGAUUCUCAGAAAAUUCUUUGUCCACCCUGGAAGUUGUUUCUGUCCUAGACACUCUUCUGAAUUUGGGGAGCGUUAUAGGGAGAUUGUGUUUAUGGAAGAAUUCAAAGUGUUCAUGAGAUUUGUUCUGUAACAUGUUCUUCCUCUCUGGGUCAGCACUGUUGGCAUGUGCAAGUCCCCAUAUGCUUUUGCGUCAUGAACUAGAGAAUCCCCUUGUUAUGACAGAUGCAGAUGCUUUGAAAGAAAACCCAGCCCGGGAGAGGCCUACGGAUUCUGUGCUAGAGAUGCCUCCGACCCCUGUAGCUGCCUGGAUUCCCUAAAUCACCUCUUUCUUUCCUGAGUUAUCUGAGAAAAGGGACAGUGGCCAAGGGCUGUGGGGGAACCUGGGCUCCCACCUUUGGAACCAUCAGCUUCUGUCCUGUGCCAAAGUCACCAGCAUGUUCAUUCUGUCCUUGCCUGCCAGUGCCUCUCAGGCUUCUCCACUGAUGAUACCCAUGACAAACUGGCCCUGGCCCCGGCCCUGGAGUACAUAGGGGCAGGGAAAUGGGAGACAGGUGGCGAGAGAGAGAGAGAAAAAACGUGUGUGCACGCGCAUGUGCCUGCGUGUGCCUGUGUGUGCAUGCGUGCCUUCAGCUGACGUCCUUGCCAGCAGCCGCCUCCUCUGAGUGUCAAGGAUUGGGGGUUGAUACAGUGAAUGCAUUUGUAUUCUGGAAAGAUCACGGACUUGAGGCAAGUCAAUCAGGCAGGACCUUCUAGAAGCAGAAGUGGAGUAUGUUUUCAGCUCAGUCCUUUUACACUGAUCCAGCUUCUUCUAUGUCUUAGCUUUGGGUUCUCAAACCCAUGGCUUCUGAGUCUCCACCUGCAGGUUUUACUCCAGACUUGUUCAUCAAGCAUCUGACACUCCCAUCCCUAGCCAGGGCAAGAGGUAAAGAACCAGCAGGCAAAGAGGCCUUUCACCAAGGUGAUCAGUAGAGGAAUUAUUGGCUGCUUUAAGCCAUAGAGUAAGCUUCCCUCUUCUUCCCACCCUCCCUCAGAGGUCACCUCGGGUGGCUUAUGAUAGGCAUCUAGGGACCCCUAAACCUUUCUUCCUGCCAGUGCAGGGCAAGUAGUUCACACUAUCCUUAGUGGUCUGCAAAACCUAUCUCUGAACAAUCCCAGGGUGGAGGUGGGAUCAUUAUUUCAAGGAUCAAGACAGAUUUGUAUGGAAAGAGAUAUACACAUACACACCUGGGACCCUCUGCCUCACAACUGUCCAAGUCAAAGCUUAGCUUUCACAAACUUAUUCCCUACCAAGAGAAGAAUCGUAGACUCUGAGACCGGUUUUGGCCGAGGAAUGGGGGCUGGGGUUCAUUGUUACUGGAUGUUUACUUACCCCAGUCUAUGGCAUCUUCCUGCUACAAACCACUAGGGGAGAAGAGUGAGUGAAACAAGCUUGUGCCCCAGGCAGGUUCCCUUCCUUCCCUCCAGAAACCAGCCCAGCAAUGUUGGCUGGUUUUCCUUUUAUACUAAAGUGUUUAUUUUUCUUUAUGGUUCUUCAGCACAUCUGGCUAUGUUACCUUCCACCCACAAAUCCCAAAUGUUCUUAGAGGCCCUUUGGCAUUCAUUAGCCACAGCUGGGAAAUUCUAGACUGGACACAGGGCAAAGACAGACCGUGGAGUUGAGCGCGAUGAGUACAGACUUAACAAAUGAUAUUUAUAUACACAUCAAUUUGAAGAGAAAAAAUGUAUUUCUUUAGGUUUCAAACACUGUGUAACAAAUAUAAUGCAAAAAUAAAGACCUGUUGAAAAGUU